GCGUCUCUGUCCAUGCAGGGGGGGAGGGGGUGGCGCGCGCGCCAUUUCUAGUCGUUUUCAAAGCGCCUCGCGCUGAUUCUCACGGGCCAGGCUGCCGGCCCCCCGCUCUGCCCUGCAGCAUAAUAAAAUGGCUAAUCAGGUGAAUGGUAAUGCGGUACAGUUAAAAGAAGAGGAGGAGCCAAUGGACACUUCCAGUGUUACUCACACAGAGCACUACAAGACACUGGUAGAGGCAGGCCUCCCACAGAAGGUGGCAGAGAGACUUGAUGAAAUAUUUCAGACAGGGUUGGUAGCUUAUGUCGAUCUUGAUGAAAGAGCAAUCGAUGCUCUCAGGGAAUUUAAUGAAGAAGGAGCUCUGUCUGUGCUGCAGCAGUUCAAAGAGAGCGACUUAUCCCAUGUUCAGAACAAAAGUGCAUUUUUAUGUGGAGUUAUGAAGACCUACAGGCAAAGAGAGAAACAAGGCAGCAAGGUACAAGAGUCCACGAAAGGGCCUGAUGAAGCAAAGAUCAAGGCCUUGCUCGAGAGGACUGGUUAUACUUUGGAUGUAACCACAGGGCAGAGGAAGUAUGGUGGGCCUCCACCAGACAGUGUGUACUCAGGUGUGCAACCUGGAAUUGGAACAGAGGUCUUUGUAGGUAAAAUUCCAAGAGACUUGUAUGAGGAUGAGUUGGUGCCCCUUUUUGAGAAGGCUGGUCCUAUCUGGGAUCUACGCCUCAUGAUGGAUCCACUUUCUGGUCAGAACAGAGGCUAUGCGUUUAUCACCUUCUGUGGAAAGGAAGCCGCCCAGGAAGCAGUUAAGCUGUGUGACAGCUAUGAGAUUCGCCCUGGUAAACACCUGGGAGUGUGCAUUUCUGUGGCAAACAACAGACUUUUUGUUGGAUCCAUUCCAAAGAAUAAAACUAAAGAGAAUAUUCUGGAAGAGUUCAGUAAAGUCACAGGUUUAACAGAGGGUUUGGUGGACGUUAUUCUCUAUCAUCAACCCGAUGACAAAAAGAAGAAUCGGGGAUUCUGCUUCCUUGAAUAUGAGGAUCACAAGUCAGCAGCACAAGCCAGACGCCGGCUGAUGAGUGGAAAAGUCAAAGUGUGGGGAAAUGUAGUUACAGUUGAGUGGGCUGACCCCGUGGAAGAACCGGAUCCGGAAGUCAUGGCAAAGGUAAAAGUUUUAUUUGUGAGAAACCUGGCUACUACAGUGACAGAAGAAAUAUUAGAAAAGUCAUUUUCUGAAUUUGGAAAACUGGAGAGAGUGAAGAAGUUGAAAGAUUAUGCAUUUGUUCAUUUUGAAGACAGAGGAGCUGCUGUUAAGGCUAUGGAUGAAAUGAAUGGAAAAGAAAUAGAAGGGGAAGAAAUUGAAAUUGUCUUAGCUAAGCCACCAGACAAGAAAAGGAAAGAGCGCCAAGCUGCUAGACAGGCCUCCAGAAGCACUGCGUAUGAAGAUUAUUAUUAUCACCCUCCUCCCCGAAUGCCGCCUCCUAUGAGAGGUCGAGGUCGCGGAGGGAGAGGUGGAUAUGGCUACCCUCCAGAUUACUAUGGUUAUGAAGACUACUAUGAUGAUUACUAUGGUUAUGAUUAUCACGACUACCGUGGAGGCUAUGAAGAUCCCUACUACGGCUAUGAUGAUGGCUAUGCAGUAAGAGGAAGAGGAGGAGGAAGGGGGGGGCGAGGUGCUCCACCACCACCAAGGGGGCGGGGAGCACCACCUCCAAGAGGUAGAGCUGGCUAUUCACAGAGGGGGGCACCUUUGGGACCACCAAGAGGCUCAAGGGGUGGCAGAGGGGGUCCUGCACAACAGCAGAGAGGCCGUGGUUCUCGUGGAGCUCGGGGCAAUCGAGGGGGCAAUGUAGGAGGCAAGAGAAAGGCAGAUGGGUACAACCAGCCUGAUUCCAAACGUCGUCAGACCAACAACCAACAGAACUGGGGUUCCCAACCCAUCGCUCAGCAGCCGCUUCAGCAAGGUGGUGACUAUUCUGGUAACUAUGGUUACAAUAAUGACAACCAAGAAUUUUAUCAGGAUACUUAUGGGCAACAGUGGAAAUAGACAAGUGAGGGCUUGUAAACGAUUCUGUCAAGAUCCGAUUGGCUCUAGAUCUACAUUCUUCAAACAAAAUUGGCGUAACUGUUUCAUCUUUAAGUAGCAGUUUGCUGCCAUUUGUAUUCAGCUGAAGAAGUCACUCUUGUGUAUAUUCUCAAGGCUUCUUAUUUUUCUUCUUUUCUAAAUGCUCUCGGACAUCACUGGGCUUGCAGAGGUCCCUUAUUCUGGGGUCACAAUGCUUUUACCGUUCCAAGCUUCAUCCUAGCUUCAGAACAAACUGUAAAUCAUGAUUUUGCAGAGCCUUUGGUUUGGACAGUUCUGUGUUUUGGAUGUGGAAUAGAUUACAUAGGAGUAUGACGUAUGCUGUAAAUAAAAGUACAACAGUACUUUGUCUCAGUACUUUUAAGGAAUUAAAGCAAACAGACUUAAGUUUCCUUGUAUUGAAAAUAACCUAUGACUGUAUGUUUUGCAUUCCUAGAAGCAGGUUAACUGUGUUUUUAAAUUGUUAUAACCACACCUUUUUGAAAUCUGCCCUACAAAAUUUGUUUGGCUUAAACGUCAAAGCCGUGACAAUUUGUUCUUUGAUGUGAUUGUAUUUCCAAUUUCUUGUUCAUGUAAGAUUUCAAUAAAACUCAAAAAUCUAUUCAAAACAUCA